AUGGAUGGCGACCAUCCACCCCACGUCAUCAACCAUGGGUGGCGACCAUCCACCCCACGUCAUCAACCAUGGGUGGCGACCAUCCACCCCACGUCAUCAACCAUGGGUGGCGACCAUCCACCCCACGUCAUCAACCAUGGGUGGCGACCAUCCACCCCACGUCAUCAACCAUGGGUGGCGACCAUCCACCCCACGUCAUCAACCAUGGGUGGCGACCAUCCACCCCACGUCAUCAACCAUGGAUGGCGACCAUCCACCCCACGUCAUCAACCAUGGGUGGCGACCAUCCACCCCACGUCAUCAACCAUGGGUGGCGACCAUCCACCCCACGUCAUCAACCAUGGAUGGCGACCAUCCACCCCACGUCAUCAACUAUGGGUGGCGACCAUCUACCCCACGUCAUCAACCAUGGAUGGCGACCAACCACCCCACGUCAUCAACCAUGGGUGGCGACCAUCCACCCCACGUCAUCAACCAUGGGUGGCGACCAUCCACCCCACGUCAUCAACCAUGGAUGGCGACCAACCACCCCACGUCAUCAACCAUGGGUGGCGACCAUCCACCCCACGUCAUCAACCAUGGAUGGUGACCAACCACCCCACGUCAUCAACCAUGGAUGGCGACCAUCCACCCCACGGCAUCAACCAUGGAUGGUGA